GUUUGGUCCCCCCCCCCCCCCCCCCCCCCCCCUCCCGCCUUCCUUUUUUUCCUACAUGUAACUGAGUAGAAAGCAGGUGGUAAUCAAGAGCUGCAGAGAGCAACAUGCUGGACCACUCCCAUGGGUGGCGCCACACCGCUUGCAUCGUAGUGGCAUUGCAAUGGCAUCGUUAUGGAGCCGAGGAACCCUGCCUCCAUCUCCACGGAGGUGCUUCUGAUCAAGCACAUGUCAUACUCCACCACUGCUGCAUCAAAGGGAACUGUGAUUCUUGCCGUCACCGCCUGUGAAGCCAAACUCCUCUUGGGACAACCCGAGGAGCUCGCCAAAUACUGCCGUGCCUAGAAACUCACGAUGUCUGCCGUGUACACGACACAUCAGCCCUUGCCAGCCAUUGCCGAGGCGUGUGCACGAUCGUUCAGUUUCUUUCUCUAGCGCCGCCGCCGAUCAGGUGAGCCUCAUCCUCACGAGGACCACCAUCCUCUGCCACUUGGCUAGCUGAGCAAGUCUCCUGGCACUUACCAUGGUAGCUACUUGUCUUUCUGGAAACUGAAGAGAUUCUUCUGUCAGCUCGAGCUUGGAAUGCUUUGUCCUGUGGAUGGAGCGAUGGUGUUUGGAGACACUUAGCCAUGGAUUUAUAUCUCAGGGCUGCAACGGGGUAGCGACAAGGCCAUGAGCAGCCACGAUUGUGCUGGGGCAAGUGUUUGGCGUGUGCUGGAGCUUGGGUUGGACAUUGCCUAUGCUACCAUACUGACCUGUCUAGCACGAAGACCCAUGUUAAUUGUGAAUCCGCAAUGCCCACUGCAAAAUACAGCUACUUGCAAGUUGCCUGAGUUAGCACAAUGGCUGAUCACUCAGACACUCACUGAUGACCCCAAAUCUGGUUCCAUGGAGAUAUCAUAAAAAUCAUUCAUCACAUUGUCUGCAGCUACUUCCACCAACAUUGCUCACAGAGCACUCAUGGCAUUGCCUCCUACCCACCGCUCUUGCUGAUAGCUACACACGACCCACACACAUAUGCACUGCCCUGAGCCCUCUCUUCUUUCGACUAUAAAACCAUGGCCUGCUCAACACAAACUUCAUCUCAUCUGCAAGCAAGAUCACCACACCUUCAGACUUUCAGAACCAAAGUGAAAUUUAGCUAGCCAGGAGCACACCAGACUCAAACAUGAUCCAUCCAAAGAAGCUUGCUCAGCUGGCCAAAAAGUGGCAGAAGAAGGUCGCAGCCAGGGCCGGUGGCCAGCAAGCUGACGAGUGCUGCAGCACAGUCGCUGACAAGGGCCAUUGCGUGGUGUACACAGCCGAUGGGGCGCGGUUCGAGGUCCCGCUGGCGUACCUCAACACAACAGUCUUCGCCGAACUCUUGAGGAUGGCUGGGGAGGAGUUUGGCUUCGCGAGCAGCGAGGGUGGCAGGAUCACGCUGCCCUGCAAUGCCGCGGUUAUGGACUAUGUCUUGUGCCUGGUUAGGAGAGAUGCGUCCGAGGAGGUCGAGAGAGCGUUCUUGAGCUCCAUUGUUGGCCAUUGCCAUGGCCAAGAUGCAUCGAUGGGACCCACCCAUCAAUUUGCUCUUUGCACGUAGCUUAGCUACUGAAAAUCUGGAUUUUUUUUGGUCAGAUCUCAAGAAAUUGUACAGUCCGAUACAAGAUUGUAGUAUCAUAGGAAAUGAAACAUGGCGAAUAUAUCUUUUUCUCUCAGAGAAAUCUAAUACUUUGCCACUCUAAAUCCAAGCACAUUAUUUGCUGUUGUUUGUACAGAGUACUGGGAAAAUAUAGAAACAAACCAUAGCUUAGCUACUGAAAAUCUGACAUAUUUUUGGUCGAUUUUGAAGAAGUUUGUGCAGUAUGAUGUAAGAUUGUAUUAUCAUAGGAAAUGAUACAAAAUUUAUCUUUGUCUCAGAGAAAUCUAAUACUUUGCCACUCUAAAAUCCAAGCACCUUAUUUGCUGUAUUGGAAGAAAGUAGAGACAAACGUGGGCUUAGAAUUUGUGGACAUGAAAUUCAUGAGGAGGGUGGGGAUCUUCUGUUCUGUAGACAUUACCCAAAAUCUACAUAAACCCUAUUUUACAUUGAGAGGUCUUUGACAUGAGAAUGCUACCUCUGCGAUCUACCUAACUUGCUAAUUGCCACUACCUUUGAAAGCGUACGCCCUUUUUGUAUGCAGCUUAUCACAUUUUGUGAUACAUCAGCCCUUAAAGAGUUUUACCUUGAGGGUUCAUCAUUGAAAUCAUUCAUGAAACAUGUGCUGAUAUAUCUUGCCCAACUAAUAAGCUGACAGAAAAUUGCUUCUGCAAUAUGUAUUAAUGAGAGAAGGGUAUAUGAUAGAUCAUGGAACAACGAAAGAGUGGCUGUUGGCUUUCUUGAAAUACUUCAUUAAUAAAUACAAUUUUUUUAAUUUUUAAUCAUAGAAGAGAAUCACAUCUUUGGUAGUUUUACUGGUAGGGGUGCUUGUUAGGUGUUAGCUUCUACGAGCUAGACAUUUUGUACGCUGAAUCCUGAAGUUAUAGUUAAUCACUCUUCUGUGCCCUAUGGCUUAAUGCCAUAUAGUUGUAGUUAGUGGUACUUUGUAUAAUGCAACAAGCUGGUAUACUAGUAUAUAAUUUCCUAUUCCCCAGUGUUGAACUAUUUUAAAUUACAUUUCAUAAGAGAUGCAAAAUUGAGAACAAUGAGGGACAAAAAAUCUGCAUAUAUUCAGGAGCUACAAACUGCAAGCUGCUGGUGCAGCGCUACAUGUGGCACUGUAUAGCUUGGAUAUUGGCAAGGCAUCACUACAGAGCUCAGGAACACCCUCUCUACUUCUUCCGAUGCAUUUCUUCUAAGCAAGCACAUAACAUAGUCCAUCACCACCGCGUCGAAGGGCAGUGUGAUCCUGCCGUCGCAUGUGAACCCAAACUCUUCCUGGGACAUCCUUAGCAGCUCGCCGAAGACCGUCGUGCCAAGAUACGCCAACGGGACCUCAAAGCGCCUCCCAUCGGUCGUGUACAUGGCACAGUGACCUUUAUCUGCGACUGGCGAUGUCGUGCAGCAUGCUUCGUCGGCUCUGGAUGCUGUCUUGACACUUUGCCACUUCCUCACCAACUGAGCAAACCUUUUGGGGUGGAUGAUGGUCAUGGCUGGGUGUUCUUGGUUCUCAGGUAUUUGGGUCAGAAAUGCUUGGUGUAUGAGUUUCUUGAUGAAGUGAUGGUGUCUUAUUCUUAGCCCAUGAAUAUAUAGGCACAGAGAUGCGGGACUUAGUAGCAGCUGAGAGGGGACAUGGUGCGUGGGCUGGUGGCUGUAAAGGGAGGCAGCCAGAUUCAGAUCAGAUUUUGCUGGGCCAUGGCUUGCUGUGUAGAGGCAAAGGUAGUGGACUAGUGGGCUGAGCAAUCAGAUGCAUGCUACAGUCCUUGAUGCUAAAGUGGGCAGGGGCAUUAUAUGCAACCAUCUGGGGUCCAGGUUUUAUGGAUGUGUUCCAUUUGCUACGGUGUCACGAGAUUGGGAGCAACCCGGUGAUUGCAAUCAGGUGAGGUGAAGAGCCAGUGUCACAGGGGACACUGCAUAUGAUGGUCAGGAGUCUUUGCAGAGUAGAUGCAGAGUAUGCUUCACUACUUUUGGGCGUGUACUUUGCACUUACAGCUGCAGCUCCAUGCUAGGUGUUUGUUGGUUGGUUUAGCUGUGCUUUGAUUGCUGCAAAUCUAGCAAGUUGCCUGACAGCUCCAUAUCUCAUGGUCUGCAUGAUUUCUAGCACAGCAUGUGACUGCCAUUUCCUGGUAUCUCCACUGCAUUUUCCAAUGGGCCUAUGAUCAGUUGGUAACCAUCAGGUCGCCACCUUCAGCGGGAAAGUCUGCCCUUGCCAGCCAUUGCCGAAUACGACGUGCCACAUGGUCCUUUCGUUUCUUUCUCCAGCACCGUCGACGACCAUGAGCAGCCACAAUUGUGCUGAGGCAAGUGUUUGGUAUGUGCCGUAGCUUGGCUUGGUGAUUGCCUAUGCUACCAUACUGACCGGUCUGGCACGAGGACCCCAUGUUAAUUGUUUAUCUGCAAUGCCCACCGCAAAAUACAGCAGCUUGCAAGUUGCCUGAGUUGGCACAAUGGCUGAUCAUUCACCCAAAAUCAUUUAUCACAUUAUCUGUAGCUUGCGGCAACAACAUUGCAUGCAGAGCACUCAUGGCAUUGUCUCCCGCCCACCGCUCUUGCUGAUAGUUACACACAACCCACACAUCUGACCUACCCUGAGCCCUCUCUUCCUUUCUACUAUAAAUCCAUGGCCUGCUCAUCACAAACUUCUUCAUCUCAUCUCCAAACAACAUCAUAGUUUACACCACACCUUCAGACUUUCAGAACUAAAGCGAAGUUUAGCUAGUCAGGAACACAUCACUCAACCAUGAUCCAUCCAAAGAAGCUUGCUCAGCUGGCCAAGAAGUGGCAGAGGAAGGUCGCAGCCGGGGCUGGUGGCCAGCAAGCCAGUGAGUGCUGCAGCACAGUCGCUGACAAGGGCCAUUGUGUGGUGUACUCUGCCGACGGGGUGCGGUUCGAGGUCCCGCUGGCGUACCUCGGCACGACGGUCUUCGUCGAACUCCUGAGGAUGGCUGGGGAGGAGUUUGGCUUCGCGAGCAGCGAGGGAGGCAGGAUCACGCUGCCCUGCGAUGCCACGGUUAUAGAGUAUGUCUUGUGCCUAGUCAGAAGAGACGCCUCCGAGGAGGUCGAGAGAGCAUUCUUGAGCUCCAUUGCUGGGCACUGCCAUGGCCAAGAUGCAUCGAUGGGACUCGCCCAUCAAUUUGCUCUUUGUACGUAGUUUAGCUACUGAAAAUCUGAAUUUUUUUGGUCGAAUUGGUAGAAGUUUGUACAGCUCAAUGUAAGAUUCUAUAUCAUAGGAAAUGAUACAUAAUGAGAGAAAUCUGCUAAUUUGCCGCUCCAAA